GUCUUGUUCUUACCACUCUAGGAUUUCAUGAUGCAGCAGACUAUGCUGCGGGUUAAAGACCCAGUUAAAUCCUUAGAUUUCUACACCAGAAUCCUCGGCAUGACGCUCCUUCAGAAGUUUGACUUCCCCUCCAUGCGGUUCUCUCUCUUCUUCUUGGGCUAUGAGGACAAGAAGGAGAUCCCUGCAGAUGUGAAGGAGAGAACAGCCUGGACUUUUUCCAGGAGAGCCACCAUCGAGCUGACACAUAACUGGGGCUCUGAGUCAGAUGAGAGUCUGUCUUAUCAUAAUGGAAACACUGAUCCACGUGGUUUUGGACACAUUGGAAUUGCAGUUCCUGAUGUCCAUGCAGCCUGUAAAUUGUUUGAAGAGCAAGGAGUCACAUUUGUCAAGAAGCCAAAUGAUGGAAAAAUGAAAGGCUUGGCCUUCAUUCAGGACCCUGAUGGCUACUGGAUCGAGAUCCUGAGUCCUAACAAUAUGGUGUCCAUUACCUCAUAAUGACUGAGAACAUGCUACCUGCAGUGGUGUGUACAGGGCAGACCUGCUGUGAAUUCACUGGGAGAGCAGAGCGUUUAGCAAAGAAUUUGGCAACGGGCACUGGAGAGCUGAGGAAAUAUGGGGCAGGAUAAUGUGCACAAUGGUAACCUGCAUACAUUGGACUAAUAGUGGACAGUUGAUGAGCAAAUAAAUUAGAUACCCAAGUUACUGCUAUGAAUAGUGACUAUUUUGUAUAGGUGGUGCAUUUGUCUGCCAUCAUCAGUUUGUAUGUAAUGCAGAGUUUAAAGGGAAUUGCUGUGUAAUAAAUGUGGAAGCCACUGUUCAAAUAUAA